AACCAACAACUCUCAAUUUCAAGGUAAAGGCACCGUCCAUUUCACAGUGUUGUUGAUGCAAUUGUUCGCAAUAACAAGCACUCAUCAGAUAAAAAGCAGCCUCCUCCAGCGAUACAGCCACCUCCGGUGGCAUAUCCUACUCCGGCCACCCUUCAGAUCAACUUUUCAUCGGUUCAAAUCCGGGUCCGAUUCACCCGGUUCAGUUUUACUUUCAGACCGGGUUCAAUCAUUUCACAAAAUAUCCGUUAAAAUGUGAACGUUUGAAUUGAAAGAGUCAAAUACUUAUCGGUUUCCUUGAUUUCCUCCGAGCUUUUAUACUUAGACUUUUUUUUUUUUGGGUCAAUAUAUAUAGAGAUAGAGAGAGAUCUGUCACAUUGUUUUGUUAUUAAGAAAGAAAACCCACCUACCUAAAAUUAAUUAAUAAUAUAAUAGGGGGAAUGGCGGCGGCGACGUGUUCUGCCGAUGCACUGGCAACCAUGUUUGGAGGCAACACAACAAACGCGAUGGGGGCGGCAUCUUUGAUAUGUGAUCAGCUGAACAGCGUGGCAACGAGGUUCACCGACACCACCUAUGCCGUGGAUUCCACAUACCUGCUGUUUUCAGCGUACCUUGUGUUUUCUAUGCAGCUUGGGUUCGCCAUGCUUUGUGCAGGCUCUGUUCGGGCCAAGAACACCAUGAACAUCAUGCUUACCAACGUCCUCGACGCCGCUGCCGGCGGCUUGUUCUAUUACCUCUUUGGCUUCGCUUUCGCCUUCGGCACCCCCUCCAACGGCUUCAUUGGCAAACACAACUUCGCCUUGAAAGACAUCCCUUCCUCUGAUUUCGAUUACAGCUACUUCCUCUACCAGUGGGCCUUUGCCAUCGCCGCUGCCGGCAUCACCUCCGGAUCCAUCGCCGAAAGGACCCAGUUCGUCGCCUACUUGAUUUAUUCCGCUUUCUUGACCGGCUUUGUGUACCCGGUCGUUUCCCACUGGUUCUGGUCUGUUGACGGCUGGGCCAGCGCCUCAAACUUGGAUGACCUGUUCCUGGGAUCUGGUGUGAUCGAUUUUGCGGGAUCUGGUGUGGUUCAUAUGGUUGGUGGCAUUGCUGGCUUGUACGGUGCUCUGAUUGAGGGCCCCAGGAUUGGUCGGUUUGACCACACGGGUCGCUCCGUGGCCUUACGAGGCCAUAGCGCCUCUCUGGUGGUGCUUGGUACCUUUUUGCUAUGGUUUGGAUGGUACGGCUUCAACCCCGGUUCUUUUACCAAAAUCUUGAGCCCUUACGAGUCUGGCAACUACUACGGGCAAUGGAGCGCCGUAGGUAGGACCGCGGUGACCACCACUUUGGCCGGGUGCACUGCUGCCCUGACUACCUUGUUUGGUAAACGGAUGAUAUCAGGACAUUGGAAUGUAACAGAUGUAUGCAACGGCCUGCUGGGGGGAUUUGCUGCCAUCACCGCUGGGUGUUCCGUGGUGGAUCCGUGGGCGGCGAUCAUCUGUGGGUUUGUGGCCGCCUGUGUGUUGACAGGAUGUAACAUGUUGGCUGAAAAGUUCAAAUAUGACGAUCCUUUAGAAGCUGCCCAGUUACAUGGUGGGUGCGGGGCAUGGGGGAUUAUAUUCACGGCCUUGUUUGCUAGAAAGAAGUACGUAAACGAGGUCUAUCCUGGGAAACCAGACCGUCCGUACGGGCUGUUUAUGGGAGGUGGGGGUAAACUGCUGGCGGCACAUGUGAUACAGAUUCUGGUCAUAUUUGGGUUCGUGAGUGCCACAAUGGGUCCCCUGUUUCUGAUCCUACGCAAGCUGAAGCUGCUGAGGAUAUCGGCGGAAGAUGAGACAGCGGGUAUGGAUAUGACAAGACACGGUGGAUUCGCAUACGUGUAUCACGACGAAGGAUCGGACGAUCCCAAAUUAGUUGGAGGUGGCCUCCCUAUGAGGAAGAUUGAACCAGCUUCAUCUGCAACAUUACCAUAAUAAUCGGCUUCAAUUCAUGCUUGUUAUAGUUCUUUAUAAGUUUUUGUUUCUAUUAAACGUACUUUUGUUAUUUGCUUCA